AUGCCUAGAGGUCAGAAGAGUAAGCUCCGUGCCCGUGAGAAACGCCGCCAGGCCCGCUGCGAGAUCCAGGCUCUGAAGGAGGCUCAGGCUACCGCAGCAGCAGCAGGAGAGUCCCCCUCUGCCUGUGCUCUCUCUGGGGGUAGAUCUGCCGCUGUAACUCCUAGGCGUCCUCAGGGAGCCGCAUCUUCCACUAGUGCCGAUGCAGCUCUUUCAGGCACUGAUUCAGAUGAAGGUGCCAGAAGCCAAGAUGAGGGAAGCCCCAGAUCAUCGAAGGGCUCCGAGGUCUCACACAGAGACCCACUAAACAAGAAGGUAGUUUUGCUGGUGCAGUUCCUGCUGCAGAAGUAUCAAAAGAGAGAGCCAAUUUCAAAGGCAGACAUGCUGAAGUUUGCCAUCAAAAAGUACAGGCAUCAGUUCAAUGAGAUCCUCAAGAGAGCCUCCGAGCACAUGGAGCUGGCCUUCGGGCUUGAUCUGAAGGAAGUGGAUCCCAUCCGCCACUGCUACACCCUGGUCAACAAGCUAGACCUCACUGAUGGCUCGAUGCACGAGGACGAGAACAUGCCCAAGACCGGCCUCCUGAUGAUCGUGCUGGGUGUGAUUUUCAUGAAAGGCAACUGCGCCCCUGAGGAGGAGGUCUGGGAAGUCCUGAAUAUGAUGGGCGUCUACGCGGAAAGGAAGCACUUCAUCUACGGGGAGCCCAAGAAGGUCAUCACCCAAGAUUUGGUGCAGCUGCAGUACCUUCAGUACCGCCAGGUGGCCGACAGUGAUCCUCCACGCUUCGAGUUCCUGUGGGGCCAGCGAGCUUACGCUGAGACCAGCAAGAUGAGAGUCCUGGAGUUUCUGGCCAAGAUCCAUGAUACCGUCCCCAGCGCCUUCCCGUCGUGGUAUGAAGAGGCUUUGAGAGAUGAGGAAGAGCGAGCCCGAGCCCGAGCCGCCGCCAGGGCUCGCACCGCUGCCAUGGCCAGCGCACGUGCCAGGGCCUUGGCCAGCAGCUUCUCCCACCCUAAGUGA